UUUGUCGUGUCCUGGGCUCCCGUGAUAAUCUUCGCCGCAUUCGUGAAGCUGUUCUACACCAACUUGCUGUAUGACUUCUACAAGACGUACCAGCUAACUCGGGGCAGGGCGUUCGACAGAAAUGCUCCAGUCGACGUGUGGGCCAAGGGACGACAGCGAGGCCGCUUGUGGCCGUUCAGCGGGUGGCUAACAGGUGGUCGUACUCCCGGUCAAAAAACUCCUGCAGGGGGAGUACCCGGCGGACGAACUCCCGGUACUCGAACCCCAGGUGGUCGAACUCCAGGCAGUCGAACUCCUGGAGGGCGUACUCCUGGUGGACAAACCCUACCGCCGGUUGAGCAAGCGACCUCCACUGGCGGGGAGACUUCUGGCAGUCGUACUGCGAGCGAGCGAACCCCCGGUGGACGAACUCCCGGCGGACGGACUCCAGGUGGCCGUACACCCGGAGGCCUAACUCCUGGAGGACGAACGGCCACUCGUACGUUGGAAGCACCAACUCCAGGAGAGAGAACUCCAAGAUUAGGGUCGCCACCGCUUCCAGGCUACGCCGAAGCCUCAGCGGGCACCAGCAGCACGACGCCGGCGUCUCAACGGCCCCGCGUCCGCGCAACGCGUCAAUCCGAAGGCGACGAGGGUGGGGCUACUGCCACCAUGGGCACCACCACCACAACUCUGUCCCAGACGAAGAACAAACGACCGAAAUACGGAACCGCGACCCCCACAGUGGCGGCCCGUCUGUCAACCGCGGAGCGAAAGCCUCGUCAGAGCGACAGUGCCGCCGCAGAGCAGGUGGCGAACGCGAGUAGCGCUGCUACUUCUGGGACGUCAAGCGCCAGGGCCGCCAAACGUAUCGCCGGCGCCGCAAGCCUUGCUACUGACGUCAGCGCUAAGGGAUCGAGGCUAGCGCCACCGGACGACCUCGUGAAGACCGAAGUCAGCGUCGCAACGACCGCGUCCCGUAUGUCCAGCGCCAAUCCGACGACGCGUAGAAGUGGAGGCGGAGCAUCGGGGCAGCCUGAAGAUAUCGUCAGCGGUGCGUCUUCCGUAGGAGCUUCUCGAUUGCCUCGACGGGACGACUCCACCGAAGACGUCCGCACUGCCGCCAGCGUGGUGAUGAUGCCCCGGUCCACGGAUCGCCACGUGCUUAGUGGGCGUACUCCCCGGCAGCUCGAAGUCAACGCCACCACAGCACGGGCAGAAGAAACGGCGUCCGCUAAGCGCAGACUUCUACCAGUGCAUAGGAGCGGCGGUAAAGAAAGCCUGAAGGCUGCUACCGACAUUCCAAAGACACCGCGGUCUUCGGGCCGUAUGUCGAGCCGUCUGAAACCGUAGUAUUGGCGGCUCGACGACUGCGUUGAUGACGCUAACCCUGGUGACAUUUUGUAUUAUGCGAGGUUACAAUGUUUUAAGAUAGAUCAUGUGUAGGGACGAUAUAAUCUGUUGGGCAAGUGCCAUCUCCUGCCCGGGUACAGGCGCGGCUCAGGAGGUGGAGGAGGAAAAACGUUUCAAAGUUUUAAAGUUCUUGCGUCAAAGUGGUUACGGGUUUAGAUAGAUAUGAAAUGUAAAUGGAGGUCCCAUAAUGCCACAGAGUGUAUUGGCACCUCCGGUGAAGGUUAGGUGGUGAGAGGAAUUACUAUACGGCAACAAAUUAAAGCGAUAUAUCAGGCCAUUAAUAUGCACGUCAAAAAGCAGAAAUAUAAGAGAAGAAGUUGGGCGGAAAUACCCCCUAAAAGUAGAAAGAAACAAGUAAAAAGUUAAAUGGAAUGCACGAGUAUGUACAGACGUAAACUACAAAGAAAAUAACG